AGGCACUUGUGACCAUUUUGGCAAAUAAUUAAUCACUAGUCACCAAACGUAUCUAUAAAUAAUGCUAGUUCGUCUUUAUCCAUAGUUCUCUAAGUAGUAGUCAAAGCAAAGCAGAACACACCCCACCUCUCAAAAAACAGAGCAGUGUUUUCAUUGCAACUAUUCACACCGUCGUACGGCGCUUAAAACCGCCGCCACCGCCGAAUAUCUCCGCCGCAACAACCAGUUUUCACCAUGCCGAACGGCGACGCUCAGACAUUCAGCUGGCACUUAGACACGGAGCUCGACGACGAAAGCUUCGGCCUCCACGGCAGGAAACUCUUCUUCAUCAUCGCCCUCUUCUCCAUCCUCCUCGUCUUCACCACGCUCUUCAUCUGCGGCCGCUGGCUCUGCCGCCGCCACGGCCUCCUCCCCACCACCUUCGACUCCAUCCACGCCGCGCCGCCACUGCCACAGGGCCUCGACGCCGACGCAAUCAAGAAGCUGCCCAUCAUACUCCACCAGGCCCCGCCAUCUGGUCCGAGCCGCACGGCGGAGGAGACAGAGUGCUGCAUCUGCCUGAGCAAGUUCAAUGACGGAGAGAAGCUGAAGGUGUUGCCGGGUUGUGACCAUUGCUUCCAUUGCGAGUGUGUGGAUAUGUGGCUGAUGAAUCACUCCAAUUGCCCUCUAUGCAGAGCUUCUCUGAAGCUGAAUUCUUCUCUUCCCAUGAUUUUGAUUGAAGAACCACCGAUUAGAUCAUACAAUCUCUGAUUUGCUCUGUUUUCUUUUUCAUUUUUUAUGUUAAAACUUUAGUACUAGUUAAUUAAUAGAAAUGAUGGUACUUUACUUUGUUCUGGAUAAUUUUGAGCAAUGUAAAUUCUUAAAAGAAAGCUAUUAAUUAAUUAAAUUAGCCUUAUAGGCUUAUAGCA